AAAAUCCUACACUUACUUAGAAAGCAAAACAAAAUGGGCCGCCGAUGUACGAGUUUCAUGGGCCGAUCUCACACACACACAAAAAAGUAUGAAAUGUAUCGGCCCAAAAACCACAUCAGCCCAGAGGGGAAAAUGCCUGGUCUGCCAGAUGGCCAGUCUGCCCCUGUGUCCACUUGACCUCGGGUGUGCAUUUUUUUCUUCUUUCUUCUUUUUUUCUUCUUCUAAUAAUUCAUUAUUUUUUAUGAUUAUUGAUUUUGAUAUUAGCAUUUGGCAAACUAUCUGUUUAAUUGACCGUUCACAAAGACCCGCCUCCUUUAGUUACUGUUGCUAUGUUUCAACCACAGAAAGACAUCAGUGCACGUCAUAUUUCAAGUUCAAGUCCACCAACGUUAAUCUACUAACUCCCCUGAAUGCUUUGUCAGACAAAAUGGCGGAUUCGGCGUUAUGACUGGUUAGAUCACCUGUCAAUCAAACGCCCGGCAAAGGGUCAAUUAGGCAAGCUCCCUUUCCUAUUGCAGAGCUAUGACAUUGUUCUGUGUCCACAUGUUCAAAUUUUGAGUGACCAGAAGGCAAACAUUCUUUGACCCAUACAACGUAUUGUUGGCUAUUGCUACAAAUAUACCCGUGCAACUUAUGACUGGUUUUGUGGUCCAGGGUCACAUAUGACAUGUUAAAAUACUAGUAACACAUUAAAGCAAUGUAAAGACAGAUUAAUAGAUUAACAGAAAAAUAUUCAUAGCAAAAUAUUUUUGAAAUUCUAUGCCAAUUAUUGGUAAAAGUGAUAACUUGUAAAUAAUCUUAAAUGUCUCACUGCUAUGGUGGAGCCGUUGCUUAGCCUACAUCUGCACUUUACUACUAAAGCACCCUCAGUGAUUCGAUUCUGGAACCGGGCCUGUUUCUGUAUGGGACAGCAUAGAACUGUAUGAAAACACAACAUUUAAAUGAAUUCCUGCAUUUCAUUUGUUCACACUCUGUGAGCUGUUUGAUCCACACUGCUAGGUUAGCUCAUGAUGACAAAUAGCUAUGAAACGACAAUAAUCGAUAAUCUAAUAAUGAAUUAUUAGAUUCAAAUAAAUCAGUUAAAUGAGCAGAGACAACUGAAAGUAAGCAUUCACAUAGUACUUCGUAUGAAGAUGAGCAGAACUGAUGUUACUAAUACAUUUUGACAUGUUAAAGUCAUCUCUUAGAUUAGUUAAUGCACUAUGGAUUAACAUGAAUGAUCAAGGUAUAAUUAAUAUUUUUUAUAUUUAAAACUUACAAUAAACAUUUUACCAUUUUUUUUUUUAUUCAAAGAAAACAAAAUGGAUGAAACAGAGUUAAAACUGAACACAAUCUUGCUGCUCAAACUGUAUAUAGAACAAUUUUUAAUAAUAUUUUUGCUCCUUUUGUAUUUUGCAUUUACUUGUACAUAUACUUUCAAUACUUAAGUACGUUUAAUAAAAAACUUUUACUCAAGUAUUAUUCUAAACAGUGACUGUAACUUCUACCAAAGUCAUUUUCUAGUAAGAUAUCUAUACUUAUACUCAAGUGUGGCUUUCAGGUACUUUACCAUGUCACCCAAACACAGAACCAGGAAACACUUUCAGUUCACAGAAAGAGAAACUGAAGUGUAGUUGAGCUGUAGCAUGUUUGUUUCUCUGUAUUCUUGCAGUAAAAUGGCAGAAGCCAGAAUUUCAGUGAAUCUGGAGAUGAUCUGCCAGAAACACGUCAAGCUCCUUGAGGUUUUCUGCCGCACUGAUCAGAAGUGUAUAUGUCUGCUGUGUACGAUGGAUGAACAUAAAAACCACGACACUGUAUCAGCUGCAGCACAGAGGACAGAGAAACAGCACCAGCUGAAGGAGACGCAGAGGUGGUUCCAGCAGAGGAUCCAGCAGAGAGAGAAAGAUCUUCAGCAGCUGAGAGAGGCUGUGGAGUCUCAUAAGCGCUCUGCACAGACAGCAGUGGAGGACAGUGAGAGGAUCUUCACUGAGCUCAUCCCCUCCAUUGAGAGAAGCCACUCUGAGGCCACACAGCGGAUCAGAGAUCAGGAAAAGACUGCAGUGAGUCGAGCUGAAGGACGACUGGAGCGACUGGAGCAGGAGAUCAAUGAUCUGAGGAGGAGAGACGCUAAGCUGGAGCAGCUUUCACACACACAGGAUCACAUCCAUUUCCUGCAGAGUUUCCAGUCUCUCUCAGCUCCUCCUGAAUCUACAGACGUAAAUGACAAUCCCUUCAGUUCUCUCUCCUCUUUUGAUGACGUGAGAGAAUCUGUCCAUCAGCUGAGAGACAAACUGGAGGAUUUCUGCAAAGAGGAGCUCAAGCAGAUCUCUGACAAAGUCACUUUCACCAACUUUGUUCCCAGGACCAGGAACGACUUCCUACAAUAUUCCCAUCAGCUCGCUCUGGAUCUGAACACAGUGAAUAAACGCCUCCGUCUGUCUGAGAGGAACAGAGUGAUUACUAACAUUUUCAGAGAGCAGCCGUAUCCUGAUCAUCCAGACAGAUUUGAUCAUUGGCAGAUGUUGUGUAGAGAGAGUGUGUGUGGACGCUGUUACUGGGAGAUUGAGUGGAGUGGGUUGUUUGGUGUGUCUAUAUCAGUGUCAUAUAAGAGCAUCAGCAGGAAGGGAGAGGAUAGUGAGUGUGUGUUUGGAUAUAAUGAUCAGUCCUGGAGUUUGAGGUGCUCUUCCUCCAGUUACUCAUUCAGACACAAUAACAUACACACUGAACUCCCUGUAAAGUCCAUCAGCAGUAGAAUAGGAGUGUUUGUGGAUCACAGUGCAGGAACUCUGUCCUUCUACAGCGUCUCUGGAGACACAAUGAGCCUCAUCCACACAGUCCAGACCACAUUCACUCAACCGCUCUAUCCUGGGUUUAGAGUUUAUUCUGGAUCAUCAGUGAAACUGUGUUGAUGUAUCAAAAUAGACUAUAGAGAGAUUCUACCCAUAAUGCUUUGAGCUCAUGAUAAAUCAGUAUCAGUGGGAUGUUAUAGAGUCUCUUAUUUUCUCUUCAUUACAUUAAUACUACAGCUGAACUUCUGUCAGAAUAAAUGUGUGUAAUGAAUCCUCAUAUAGACAGUAAGAUCAGUGUGUGUUUGUGAGUCAUGAUGAGUGACGGUGUGUAUCUGUGCUUUUAUCAACCUCUGUUUGUGUUGAUGGAAAUCGGUCAUUCAGUUCUUAUUGUAGUGUCACAUAAAUAAUUUUUAUUAUUUCUCUCAAAAUUACCUUUCAAUUGAAAUGAUCACACACAGGAUUCAUUAACACAUAACGUAUAACUCAAUUAAAGGUACUUUGUUGUCAAAUUUAUAAAUGUCAGUUUAUUAAUAAAUGUGAAAUAUAUAAGCCCAGAUCAUGUGAUCAUACUGUAAACUCUUGAUCAGUGAAAGUAUGAGCACAAUUAUUCUGAUCUAAUCCAGUUUACUUUAAAUAAACCUCCCCCUGAACUGAAUUUACAGACCUGAUGCUCUGACAACUCUGAGAAAAGAUAAAAACAACAAGGAUUGAGUCAAUCAUCAUCAGUUCAAUCCAGAUAACUCAGAAAUAUAUUAGGUGUGAAAGAAGGAAAACUGUAAGCUGAACUCUGAAAUCAGUCCAGAUGAAUCACAUCAUUACUGUAAAUGUCAGAAUUGUUGGAGUUUCUUUGUUCAGUGGUUCAUGCUGCUUGUCCUGAUCUAGAAAGUAUCCUGACAUGAUAAAACCAUGUUUUUCUACAUGAACUGUGGUAAUACCAUGCUCUGAAUUCAUGUAGUGUUGAGGUGAAUAAUGUCAGUGUUUUCUUUCUAUAUCUGUCAUGUGAUCGUCCCGCUGCUGCUCUCAGUGCUGUAAUGAACACAAAUAAUUCAAUAUAUUAAUAUACUUCACUUUCAUCAGAGCAGAGAGAGUCAAUGAUGAAGUGUUUCAAUAGAGGAUGUCAAACACUCUCAUGAGCUUCUUCUGCAUCUAGCAGCACCUUCAGAGAUGAGACCCAUGUGAUCUAUACCAUGACCUUCGACCUUCCUGAAAGAUGAGCCAAUUCCAUUUGAAUAUGACCUCUGUCAGUAUUUCUACAUGUUAAAGAAACCAACUGUACCUGAAAAAUGUAAUGUAAUUUCUGUCUUUGAUCUGUUGUAUUUAAUCCUAUUGUGUGUCAUUUGCUUCUUUAUUCUUAUUAUUUUAACAAAAGAGAUUAAAUAACCAAAAAAUCUA